AUGUUGAACAAGAUGACCUUACAUCCACAGCAGAUAAUGAUAGGUCCUAGGUUUAACAGGGCCCUACUUGACCCUCUGCUUGUGGUGCUGCUGGCUCUUCAACUUCUGGUGGUGGCCGGUCUCGUAAGGGCUCAAACCUGCCCCUCGGUGUGCUCCUGCAGCAACCAGUUCAGCAAGGUGAUUUGUGUACGGAAAAACCUGCGUGAGGUUCCGGAUGGUAUUUCCACAAACACGCGACUGCUGAACCUACAUGAGAACCAAAUCCAGGUCAUCAAAGUGAACAGCUUCAAACACUUGAGGCACCUAGAAAUUCUGCAGUUGAGCAGAAACCAUAUUAGAACCAUUGAAAUUGGGGCCUUUAAUGGUCUGGCGAAUCUUAACACUUUGGAACUCUUUGACAAUCGUCUUACUACCAUCCCAAAUGGAGCUUUUGUAUAUUUGUCUAAACUGAAGGAGCUUUGGCUGAGAAACAACCCCAUUGAAAGCAUCCCUUCUUAUGCUUUUAACAGAAUACCUUCUUUGCGCCGACUAGACUUAGGGGAAUUAAAAAGGCUUUCAUAUAUCUCAGAAGGUGCCUUUGAAGGUCUGUCCAACUUGAGGUAUUUGAACCUUGCCAUGUGCAACCUUCGGGAAAUCCCUAACCUCACACCGCUCAUAAAACUAGAUGAGCUGGAUCUUUCUGGGAACCAUUUGUCUGCCAUCAGGCCUGGCUCUUUCCAGGGAUUAAUGCACCUUCAAAAACUGUGGAUGAUACAGUCCCAGAUUCAAGUGAUUGAACGGAAUGCCUUUGAUAAUCUGCAGUCACUAGUUGAGAUCAACCUGGCACACAACAAUCUAACAUUACUGCCUCAUGACCUCUUCACACCUUUGCAUCACCUAGAGCGGAUACACUUACAUCACAACCCUUGGAACUGUAAUUGUGACAUACUGUGGCUUAGCUGGUGGAUAAAAGACAUGGCUCCCUCCAACACAGCUUGUUGUGCCCGGUGCAACACACCUCCCAAUCUGAAAGGGAGGUAUAUUGGGGAACUCGACCAGAAUUACUUUACAUGCUAUGCUCCUGUGAUUGUGGAGCCCCCUGCAGACCUCAACGUCACUGAAGGCAUGGCAGCUGAGCUGAAGUGUCGGGCUUCCACGUCCCUGACAUCUGUAUCUUGGAUUACUCCAAAUGGAACAGUCAUGACACAUGGGGCAUACAAAGUGCGGAUAGCUGUGCUCAGUGAUGGUACGUUAAAUUUUACGAAUGUAACAGUGCAAGAUACGGGCAUGUACACUUGUAUGGUGAGUAAUUCUGUUGGAAAUACUACUGCUUCAGCCACUCUGAAUGUUACUGCAGCAAGCACUACUCCCUUCUCUUACUUUUCCACCGUCACGGUAGAGACUAUGGAGCCUUCUCAGGAUGAGGCAAGGACCACAGAUAACAACAUAGGCCCCACUCCAGUGAUUGAUUGGGAAACCACCAAUGUUACCACUUCUCUCAUGCCACAGAGCACAAGGUCAACAGAAAAGACAUACACAAUCCCAGUGACUGACAUAAACAGUGGGAUUCCAGGAAUAGAUGAAGUCAUGAAGACUACCAAAAUCAUCAUUGGGUGUUUCGUGGCCAUCACACUCAUGGCUGCAGUGAUGUUGGUCAUUUUCUACAAGAUGAGGAAGCAGCACCAUCGGCAAAACCAUCAUGCCCCCACGAGGACUGUUGAGAUCAUCAAUGUGGAUGAUGAGAUUACAGGGGACACGCCCAUGGAAAGCCACCUGCCCAUGCCUGCUAUUGAGCAUGAGCACUUAAAUCACUAUAACUCUUACAAAUCUCCCUUCAAUCACACAACAACAGUUAACACAAUAAAUUCAAUACACAGUUCAGUGCAUGAACCGUUAUUGAUUCGAAUGAACUCUAAAGACAAUGUACAAGAGACUCAAAUUUAAAACAUUUAUUACAGAGUCACAGAAAACAAACAAUUAUAAAAAGACAGUUUAU